ACCCGCCCCCAUACACGGGUAAUUCCUCUCUCUCUCUCUCGUUGUAUGUGAGCCCAAACCCUAGAGGUAGAUGGGGAAGGUGAAAGGCAAGCACCGUUUGGACAAGUACUACCACCUAGCCAAAGAACACGGCUACAGAUCCAGAGCCGCAUGGAAACUCAUUCAACUCGACUCCAAAUUCACCUUCCUCCGAUCAUCUCGCUCCGUUCUCGAUCUCUGUGCCGCUCCGGGAGGUUGGAUGCAAGUCUCCGUCGAACGUGUUCCCGUCGGAAGUCUCGUGAUCGGCGUCGAUCUCGACCCCAUCCGACCGGUUCGCGGAGCGAUUUCUGUGCAAGAAGAUAUCACUCAGCCCAAGUGUAGGGCCAUUAUCAAGAAGCUUAUGGCUGAGAAUAGUGUAAGGGCUUUUGAUUUGGUGUUGCACGAUGGUUCGCCGAAUGUCGGUGGAGCCUGGGCUAGGGAGGCUACUAGUCAGAAUGCAUUGGUUAUCGAUUCUGUUAAGCUAGCUACGGAGUUUUUAGCCCCAAAAGGAACGUUCAUUACCAAAAUUUUCAGGUCUCAAGACUACAGUGCAGUUGUUUACUGUCUUAAGCAGCUAUUUGAGAAAGUUGAGGUGGAUAAACCACUGGCUAGUCGUUCAGCAUCGGCAGAGAUUUACGUUUUAGGCUUUAAGUAUAAAGCCCCUGCGAAGAUUGAUCCACGGCUUCUUGAUGUAAAACACUUAUUCCAGGGAGGUAAAGAACCCCCGAAGGUGCUUGAUGUGCUUAGAGGAACGAAGCAAAAGAGACACCGCGAUGGAUAUGAAGACGGAGACACUACUUUGAGGAAGGUGUGUUCAGCGGCAGAUUUUAUUUGGUCAGACACUCCUCUCGAGAUCCUUGGUUCAGUGACAUCUAUAACCUUUGAGGAUCCUGCUUGUUUGCCUAUAACGGAUCAUGAUUUAACAACAGAGGAGGUUAAAGCUCUAUGUGAUGAUUUGCGUGUUUUGGGAAAGCAAGACUUCAAGCAUCUUUUGAAAUGGCGUAUGCAUAUAAGAAAGGCAUUAUCCCCUUCACAAAAGUCUACUUCUACAAUCAUGAAUGACGAACAUGGGAGCAAGGAUGAUAUAGAUGAAGAUGAGAGAGUACUCAAUGAAAUGGAGGAGUUGUCAUAUGCUAUUGAGCGUAAGAAGAAGCAAGCAAAGAAACUUCUUGCAAAAAGACGAGCUAAGGACAAAGCACGGAAGGUAACGGGUUCACAAUUGGAUGCAAUGGAAGAUGGUUAUACUGACCACGAGCUGUUUUCUUUAUCUUCCAUCAAGGGGAAGAAAGAUCUAGUGGCUGUCAAUGAGAUUGAAGAUGAUGAUGGAGCCGGUGAGGUGGAUGAUAGUGAAAAUGAAGGAACCCACAAUGGAGCCCAAAACCACUCAUCCAGUGAUGUGGACUCUGAUGAAGAGCGCAGACGAUAUGAUGAGCAUGUAGAAGAGUUACUUGAUGAAGCUUAUGAAAGGUUUGUGGCAAGAGUGGAAGGAAGUACAAAGCAGAGAAAGCGUUCAAAACAAUCCCAUGCAAAAGAUGGCAAACUUUUUGAGGGUGGUGAUGAUGCUGAUAUGGUUCAUUCUGAUCAAGACUCUGACAACGAUCAUGGUGAUCAUGAAGUGAAUCCUCUUGUGGUACCACUUGUUGAGGAUGUGCCAACUCAGGAGGAGAUUACAGCAAAGUGGUUUAGUCAAGAUGUCUUCGCUGAAGUGGAUGAGCAUGAAGAUCUGGAGAAAUACGACAGUGAAGAUGAAAUGCAGCUGGAUAGACCAGGAGAACAACUCACGAUUUCGAAAAAGACGAGAAAUAGUACACCAAGGGAACACCACACACUUCCAAAGAAGAACAAAAAUCCAGUACAAGCAGUCCAAGAUUCUAAGUCAGAGGAAGAUUUUGAGAUUGUCCCAGCCCCGGCUACAGAUUCAAGUGAUGAAUCAUCAUCAGACAAAUCAGAUGAGGAAGAUGUUAAUACAAAGGCUGAGAUAUUGGCUUAUGCAAAGAAGAUGCUGAGGAAAAAGCAGAGAGAGCAAAUACUUGAUGAUGCCUACAACAGGUAUAUGGAUCAUGAUGAGGGCUUGCCCAAGUGGUUUGAGGAUGAAGAAAAAAGGCACCGCCAGCCAAUAAAGCCUGUGACUAAAGAGGAGAUUGCUGCAAUGAGAGCACAGUUCAAAGAAAUUGAUGCUCGGCCAGCUAAGAAGGUAGCGCAAGCCAAAGCCCGAAAGAAACGGGCUGCCAUGAGGAAGUUAGAGAAGGUCCGAAAGAAGGCAAACUCCAUAUCAGACCAGGCAGACAUCUCUGAUCGUUCAAAGAGCAAGAUGAUUGAACAACUUUAUAAGAAGGCGACCCCGAAAAAGCCUGAGAGGGAGUAUGUGGUAGCAAAGAAAGGGGUCCAAGUAAAGGCUGGCAAGGGGAAGGUUCUUGUUGAUCGACGAAUGAAGAAGGAUGCGAGGGCAAAUGGAAUGAGCAAGCAGGGCAAAGGGAAGAAGGGAAAGAAUGCAAAGGGUCAGAGAGGUAAAGGAUCCGGUAAGGCAGCAAAGGGUAAAAAGGCGAACAAAGGAAAGAUGAUGAAUGCGCAUAAUUGAACAAGUCCAAAGUGUCGCAGAUAAAAAGAUCUUUAAAGGGUGAAUCGAAAAGGUUAGUAAGAUGACCAUAUGCUUCAUAGAUCAACUAAAAUUUUGAAGGAUUUCAGCGAAUGCUCUCGUUUUUGCUUGGUGUAGGUGUUCAUUGCUAAAAUUUUCUUAUUUAUUACGUGGAAAUAUUGAGUACUUUUAAUGACUUGGGUUUUCCUUAAAAGGGUGUAAUCUAUGUACUAGUUCUGUCUCUGCCUUAAUUAAAGUUGCAGAUAUACCCAUGUCAUCCCCUAUUUGAGAGCAGUAGAAACUACAUUGAGCCAGUCGUGUGUUUUUCUUUGAUGAUUUUUCUCACUGUGAAAAGUUUUCCUUUCACUUUAGUAUUUUGAACGGGGAAACAAAGAAGAGAG